AAAAACUUAGCAACCAAACAUUUACAGACCACUAAUUAACAUGGCCUCUAAACUGUGCGCCUGUUUUUACAAAACAGAAGAGGAGAGAGAUCCCUAUGGGCUCAUCCUUCCAUGGGAAGAAUAUGAGCAGAGAACGACUUGGCUGCACCGGAAGCGUGAGUUUUACAGGGACUGGUGGCGCUCCCGGGGACAGCCAAGUCGGUUCGAUGUGCUGUGGCCCUACUAUCCAACCCCACACAAGAUGGUGCUGGAGCAAAUUGAAACGGCCAGACUUCAAGAAGAACAAUUACUACUACUACAAACACAGACGCAACAUGACAUCCGUGUCACCGAGUUACCGAAAACCAAAUCUGCAAGUCCGAGACAAACCUCAUCAAUCGCGUCAACCUCACCAAUCGCGUCAACCUCACCAAUAUCUCACCAAUCGUGUCAUUCUCACCAAUCGCGUCAACCUCAUCCUUCGAGUCCUCCUCACCAAUCAAGUCCUCCUCACCAAUCACGUUAACCUCAACAAUUGCGUCAAUUUCACUAAUCAAGUCAACCUCAUCCUUCGAUUCUUCACCAAUGAAGUCAACGUCAUCAAUUAAGUCAACCUUACCAAUCACGUUAACCUCAACGAUCGCGUCAACUUCAUCGAUUGCAUCAAACUCACCAGUCGCGUCAACCUCACUAAUAAAGUCAACCUCAUCUUUCGAGUCCUCACCAAUCAAGUCAACCUCAACGAUUUCGUCAACUUCGUCAAUUGCGUCAAACUCACAAAUCAAGUCAACUGUCCUGGCCAACUGUCAAGGUCACCGUGACAUGCCAUAGGAAGAACAAUUUGAAAAGGUGUGGUGCACUGGUUGGAACGAGAAACACCAAAUCAAUUGAAUGGAUCCACCGAGGUGGUUCGAACCUGCAACGCAAGUACUUCAAACGAGCACUUAACCGACUGAGCUAAAUCUCCUGGAAAUAGUCAUGAUUUUGUCCAAACCUCCUUUUCACUCACUUUACACAGAGGUACGAUUUUGAAAAUUGUGAUAGUUUUGUGAAUUGUAAUCAAAUUGAACGCUUGUUUGUAAGCUCUUCCCCACCAGAGCGUGUUCUCCAGACCCAAGAAGACUCUGCGCCGGGGUGCGCGUCUGCCGGUGAUGACGUCAAUGCACGAACAACCAGCACAGGCAAAUGUGAUGUCAUAUCACAGCCUCGCCACCGAGCAAACGGGGAAACGGAGCAAGAGCUAUAGGAGCCAGAGGAGCAGGAGCUAUAGGAGCCGGAGCAGGAGCUAUAGGAGCCAUAUGAGACUGGAGUUGAGCUGAAUGGAAGGUCUUCCCAUGACGUAGCAUAUUUGAUGGUUUUGAAAAAGUCUUUGGACAUAGGGACACGAUCUUUUGUUCAUGACAUGUUCCGGAAUAAACCAAUUCUGAUUCAUGAUGUUGUCUAUUGAAGUGUUCGACGUGAACUGACGAUGUUGAAACUGCCAUGCCCCCUUUUAUAGUCUUCUCAAAAAUGCUUGUGCCGUUUUUGCCCAGUCUG